CUUUUGAAUCAUCUGCCUGAAUAGUUUAAGUGAUUAUACCCAAAACAUAAUCAUGUCUAAUACGGACUAACGUCUUACAUCUCGAAUUCUUGAUAACAAGAAUAUAUGAUCAUGUUUUAUGAAUUAACAGUAGUUUCAGGAGGUUGUUUAGGUCCUCAUGCUGCCAUUUAAUUAUCAAACUGUCUGUAUAUUGGCUUGUUAUUUAGCGUUGCAUCUUCCCAUUCCUUAAAUGUCAGGUUAUUUUAGUAGAUUGCGACCACGGGCAAUAGGCCAGGGCGGACCAUACAAUGGAUUCAUGGGUCAGCCUAAAGCCCUAAACCAGAAGUCCGCUAUUCACCUGCUUUUUACCAGUCUGUUUGUUGGAUUAGAUUUUAGAAGUUGUGGAAAUUUGGCUAGGCUUGAACCAGGGCGUUGAUGGGCAAUAAUUAUUUUUUAAUCAUUUUGGAUUUUAAGUUAGGAUUUCCUGCUUCUUUCUGGUUUGAUUGGUCACAAUGACGAUCUCCUACGACGAUUCAUGUUAACAGAUCCCAAAUCAUUUUAGGACUAAGACUUUGUUGUUGUUGUUUGGAUUUUAAGUUAGAAAACAAUGUUUAAUGAUGUGUAGUGAUUAAAGUAGCAAUUAGUGAUAAAUGUGGUGUUUUGGGAAAACUAAAGAGAUAGCUUUUGGAGGUUGAAACCAAUUCUUAAAUUUUCUAUAUUACUUCAUAUUUAGAAAGCUAACUUUUAAUAAAUACUCCGUACAUCUAACAACCAUGGAGUACAACUACUUUACCAACCAGAGCCUAGGUUAGGCCGGACCAACUUUUCCUGAGCCAGGUAAGGGUGCCAAAUCAAAUACUAGGCACUAAACCAACUCGUGAUGUAAUCCGUAAUAGUAAAAAACUCAUUACAAUGGUCUACGGAGUCAAUGAACUAAAUUAUUUUGGCACAUUGACGGUUGACCUGGCUCAAAGUGUUUGGUGAAGACAAAGGAGGCUGUGUACCAAAACGAUUUUUUAUUUUCUUAUUUUUAUCAUAAUAGAAACGUAUUUUAUUAUGAUUGAAAACAAGUUGACAAUUCCUUCGAUUUUAAAAUCCUUCGACUUCAAUUCACAGGAAGCUUCCAAAAAUGGCCUUGGAAGUCUACGUUCAAAGGGCAUUUAGUCUCUUCACCCCUCACGGCCCUCAACAGUGAUAUAUUUUGAACAAAUAUUAUUCAGCAAUUUCACUUCUUCUUUUCAACAACCACCCUUUGACAAAUCAAAACAAUCAAACAUGGCCUGUGAUACUCAGUCUUUCUUCAUUUCUCACUUGUAACAUGGAACUCUCCUAUCUCUCUUCCUUCCUCUUCCUCAUCUUCCACCUCCAACGUUCUACUUAUGCAGACGAUGAGAGAUACAAAGCAUGCCAAGAGUCUUUUCAGUGUGGAACUGUCUCAAACUUGAGCUACCCUUUUUACGAUGGUCACACACGUCCUGACUAUUGUGGUUAUCCAGGGUUUCAGCUCAACUGUAGCAGCACUCCUCCUGAAAUCUCUGUUAUAUCGUCAGAGAAGUAUUACGUUGUUGGGGUGAAAACUGAUCAACCUAUUGUGACUGUUGCAAGAAAAGAUUACUGGGAUGGUUAUUGCCCUGGGAAUCUGCACAGUACCAGUAUAAACUCCACCUCAUUCAGCUACGUAGACCUAGAUCAAGAUGUCACCUUUUACUACGGUUGUCAAAAGGCUUCUAUUCCAAUGGCCAACUCUUUUGUGUGUGCUAAUUUAAGUAGUGAUCCUCUUAGUCCAGUUGGUUAUUUCAUUCCCAAGGAUUUAGAUUCCAGCUACAAUGGCAGGCAUAUCCCAUGGGAAACGUGCGAAAGUAGAAUUGUUGUGCCAAUUAUCAACUACGAAUCAUCUGCUAUGAGGAUAGUAGAUACAAUAAGCUUAAUGGCAGCAUUACGCUAUGGUUUCGAGUUGGAGUGGAAAGCAGAGAAUGAUUUAUGUGAUAAGUGUCGCAGAUCGGGUGGGGAAUGUGGGUAUAAUACUACUAUCAGUAGGUUUACUUGUUAUUGCCCUGAUCAUCCUUAUGCUUCCACAUGCCCUGGUAAUUCUUCCACCAAGAAAAUUGUAAUAGGGGUAUCUGUUGUUGGAGGCACACUUCUAGUAGCUGCCCUUCUAUGUUGUUCUAUCUUUGCUGUACGAAGGAGAAAGCAAUCCCUUGCCCAAGCUCAAUCCAAAGGUCUUGGUCCCAGCUAUCCAAGCACUGGCCUUCCUUCAAGCAAUGAAUUUCGGUCCAGCCAAGGCUAUACAACUAGUCCUUCAACUUACCUGUCUCAGAGCCUUCCCUCUUAUCCUUCCUCAAAGUCUGAUUUUGAAAAUUCUGCUGACGUUCUUGGUGUGAAGAUCUUCAGCUAUAAUGAGCUCGAAGAAGCCACCCAACAAUUUCACGAGUCUCAGGAGCUUGGAGAUGGUGGCUUUGGUACCGUCUAUUAUGGUAAACUCAACGAUGGACAAUUAGUUGCAGUGAAACGCUUAUAUGAGAAUAGUUGUAGGCAUAUGGGACAGUUCCUGAACGAAAUCAAUAUUCUUGCUCGCUUAAGGCACAAAAACCUGGUCACCCUUUACGGAUGCACCUCGAGGAAAAGCAGAGAGCUCCUCCUAGUUUAUGAGUACAUCCCCAACGGAACAGUUGCGGAUCAUCUUCAUGGAAAAUUACGGUCUAAUGUACUCCCUUGGUUCACACGACUCAACAUCGCUGUUGAGACAGCUGAGGCCCUGUCUUUUCUCCAUGAAAAUGAUGUUAUACACCGUGAUGUGAAAACUACAAACAUUCUCUUGGAGAAUAGCUUCAGAGUGAAGGUGGCUGAUUUCGGUUUAUCUAGACUAUUUCCAAAUAAUGUGACCCAUGUGUCCACAGCACCACAGGGAACCCCUGGUUAUGUUGAUCCUGAGUAUUACCAGUGCUAUCAGCUCACAGAGAAGAGUGAUGUUUACAGCUUUGGAGUUGUUCUUGCAGAGCUGUUAUCAUCAAAAGUCGCAGUAGAUAUCACACGGCAUAGGCAUGAUAUCAAUUUGGCUAAUAUGGCUGUUGACAGAAUCCAGAAGCACGCGUUUGAUGAGCUAAUUGAUCCAGAACUUGGGUUUGAAAAGGACUGUCUUGCACAGAAGAUGGUGAAACUAGUAGCAGAAGUGGCUUUUCAGUGUUUGCAGCAAGAGAAAGACGCGAGGCCUUCAAUGAAAGAAGUGCUUGAAUCAUUGAAAGGAAUAAAGAGAGAAAUGGAGAACACGCAAAAACAAGUAGUAGUUGAUAUCCAUGAAAGCGAUGAUGAUAUAGGGCUUUUGAAGAAUGUACCUCCUCCUCUUUCACCCGAGACAGAGGUGAGUAACAAAAGCAUCAGAUAAUGUGACUACUGGUAAGUUCUCCUUUCUUGUAGAAUAUUUCAAUUUUAACUGAAAAAGGCAAUGUGGUCUUACCAAAUGCUUGACAUUUAUCAUAUCACUGAGGAGGUUGACUGGUGGUCACUAAUGGAGCGUAGUUAAAGAGCACAGUAAUUAGGGACGUGUAAAUAAUAGUACAAUAUAAUGUUAACACUGCUGUAAUGUAUUCUAGCAUGAAUUUUGACUCUACACUCUUUGAUUCUAACUAUUCCUUUCUUCA